UACCGAUAGUUCACGUGUAGAAGCGCUGUGGCGUUUGAAGUGACCCACUUACAGUAGUGUUAAUUGUUUAAAUUAGUGGAUUUAUCACCUGCACAAUGGAUAUUUUUCAGUUUUUUCAGACAUAUUUUGUGUCUGUUAUCAUGGGGGUCGUGGUAUUGAUAUUAUUAUGGAAAAACCGUGGAAAACAAAGCUUUGACCGAUUGCCGCCAGGUCCUCCACCGUCGCCCUUGACUGGAAACUUGUUACAAAUCGAUGUCAGCGAACCCUAUAAGUAUUACCUAAACCUCAGCAAGAUGUACGGCUCUGUUUUUACCAUUUGGCUGGGUAGCAAACCGGUGGUGGUGAUUUCCGGUUACCAGGCUCUUAAGGAAGCCAUGGUUCUGCAGGGAGAGGAGUUCAGUGGCAGGGCCAACUACCCGUUGAUCAUGAGAGUAACCAGCGGAUAUGGUGUGUUGGUGAGCAGUGGAAAGCAGUGGAGGGAACUCCGCAGGUUCUCCCUCACAACCCUAAAGAACUUUGGAAUGGGACGCAAAACCAUGGAGGAAAAGGUGCAGGAGGAGGCCAGGAAUUUAACAGAAGUUUUCCGUCAGUUUGGAGAUUCUCCCUUUAAUCCCAAAGACCUGAUAUUCAGAGCUGUGAACAACGUCAUCUGCUCUGUGGUCUUUGGCCACAGGUGUGAGUACGAUGACCCAGAAUUUCAGUUACUCAUCCAGGCUGUGGAGUCGUACUUCGAUGUCCUUAACAGCACUAUUGGACAGCUCUACAACAUUUUCCCCAAAAUUUUUGGGUGGGUUCCGGGUAAGCAUCAGGAGAUGUUUGCUGUUCUGGAUAGGGCUAAAGCUUUCAUUUUGGAAGAGGUUGAAUGCCGGACAAAGGAUUUGGACCCUUCCUCUCCACAGGACUUCAUCGAAGCAUUCCUCAUUAAAAUGAAUGAGGAGAAGGACAAACACGACACAGACUUUCACUUGAAGAACUUGCAGACCACGGUGUGGAACUUGUUUGGAGCGGGGACAGAGACGACCUCUUCCACUCUCAGACAUGGCUUACUACUCCUGAUGAAGUACCCACACGUCCAAGAGCGUGUUCAGAGAGAAAUUGAUGAGGUGAUUGGCCCAGACAGAAGCCCGCGUAUGGAUGACAGACAGAACAUGCCUUACACGGAUGCAGUUAUUCAUGAGAUCCAGCGCACUAUGGAUCUGGCUCCCACAUCCGUCCCACACAAAGUGCUUAAGGACACAGAGUUUAAGAACUAUCUCAUUCCCGAGGGCACCAUGGUACUUCCUCUCUUGUCCUCAGUGCUUUCUGACCCCGAACUGUGGAAGAAUCCAGAUCACUUUGACCCAGAGAAUUUUCUGGAUGCUGAAGGUCGCUUUCAGAAGAAUGAUGCAUUUGUAGUGUUUGGAAUGGGGAAACGGGUAUGUCUGGGUGAGGGUCUGGCCAGGAUGGAGCUCUUCCUCUUUUUGACGUCCCUCCUCCAGCAUUUCACCUUUAAGGGAACCCAGGCGCCCGAGGAAAUAGACUGCACGCCUGCUGUGUGCAGCUUUGGCCGAGUACCCCGCACUUACGACUGCCACGUCCAGCUCAGGGGGAAGUAGAAGCAGCCGCUGAGGGUUAUAUGUUGUCUGCAGAGUUGAGCCUUUUUAGUUGAAUCUAUGGCUGCACAUUGAAUCAUUUCUGGAAAACAAACUCCUACUAUUCCCUCACUUUAUUACGCUUUAUGAUGUGAGACCCAGUAUAGUUACCUGUUGCAGUUAACAAGAAAAGCAAGACAAUGCAUACAAGGUCUGACCAGUUUUAUUUUAAGUCAGAGGCAUACACACACAC